GCAGACAGACUUGAAGUUAAAAAAAGACAACAGGAAAUGCAAAGAAGAGAGAUGUUCCUUGAAGAUCAAUAUUACAAAACCGAUGAAUUAUUGAACAGAUUGGACUUCAGUUUGCCAAAGAGUGAUUCCUGUCAGAUUGCUAAUAGUGGCCCAGAAUCUACAGCAUGGACAAGAAGCCAUACUUAUAAGCAAACUCUCCAAGAGGAUGAAAACAGAAGAUUAGAGGAAAUGAAGCAAGAACAACGGAGGAAGGCUGAAUUAAUGGAAUUUAAACAAAAGCAGGAAGAGGAAGCCAGGACAAGAGCACAUCAAAAUGAGCAGAGGAGGGUAAAUAAUGCUUUCCUGGACCAACUCCAGAAGAAAACACAACCUAAUAGCAUCUACCAGCUUGGAUAUUCUAGGAGUCUGGACUACCUCAGUAACAGCACCUGGGAGUCAGACUACUUGGAAUAAAGGAGAAAAAAGGUAAGAAGGGUAUUGGAGAAAUAUUCGCUUUUAUCUGGCCUAGCCCAAAUGACCUUGUAAAAGCUCCAAGAAAGCGCUCUUUUAUCAUUGUGAUUUUUUUUCUUACCCUGACUUUAGCUUCACACCCACUUCAUGAGCAAUCUGCAGAGGCUGGUUUCUAUCUGUCAUUAUUCACGCAUAUUUGAAGCAGCUUAUUAUGAAAGUCCUAUUUAAUUUUUAAUAAGAGAAUGUGUCAUUUUUUUUUCAUAAAUUGUUUUGCCUCUUGCAGAAUGUAAUUAUCCCAGUCUUUGGGAUCUCAGAAAGAGAAGGUACUAGUGGCUGCAGAAGAUACAGUAAUUUCUGUGUUUACUU